CCUCAGGGAGGCCACCAUGUCCCAGGCCAUCACCUGCCUCAAGCGGGGGGAGGAUGAGGAGAACCCCCCCCUGCCUCCACCCCCGCGAUCCCCCCACUUCUUCCCACGGGAGACGCUGUUCCGGCAGGAGAACGGGGUCACCUACCGCAUCCCGGCUUUGCUCUACGUCCCCCCAACCUCCACCUUCUUGGCCUUCGCCGAGAAACGCUCCUCAACCAGGGAUGAGGACGCCAAGUACCUGGUGCUGCGUCGGGGCCACCAACAGGGCUCCUCCGUCCAGUGGGGUCCGGUGGAGGAGCUGUCGACCCUGGUGCUGCCCGGCCGCCGCACCAUGAACCCCUGUCCCCUCUAUGAUGCCACCACCGGCACCGUCAUCCUCUUCUGCAUCUGCGUGGAGCGGGGCAGGUCGGAGCGGUGUCAGAUCUGGACGGGUUGCAGCGCCGCCCGCCUCUGCUUGGCCACCAGCUCGGAUGGUGGCCAGCACUGGAGUCCUCUACGGGACGUGACAGAGGAAGCCGUGGGAGAUGACCUCUCCCGGUGGGCUACCUUCGCCGUGGGGCCGGGCCACGGGGUCCAACUGGCUUCUGGCCGCCUGGUGGUACCAGCUUACACCUACUACAUCCAUGGUUGCUUGUGUGGGGUGGUGCGGUUGCCCUGCUUCACCCACUCGCACGCCCUGGUCUUCUACAGCGAUGAUGGUGGCCAUAGCUGGCACAAGGGUGACCUGGUGGCCGGCCAACCCACGAUCGAGUGCCAGGUGGCCGAAAUCACCGGGAAGGAUGCCCCGUUGCUCUACUGCAACGCCCGAGCCCUUGGAGGGUGCCGGGUGGUGACGUUCAGCGCCGACCGGGGGUCACGCUUCCAACAGUCGGCCCAGUGCCAGGCGUUGGGUGAACCCCCCCACGGGUGCCAGGGUAGCGUGGUGAGCUUCUCCAUCACCCCCGGGGAGGAGACACCGAGGUGGUUGCUCUACUCCCAUCCCACCGACCGGCAGCAGCGACGAGAUUUGGGCGUCUACCUCAACCCCGCGCCGUUGGAUGGGGAGGGUUGGCGGCACCCUUGGGUGCUGCACCCGGGGCCGGCGGGUUAUUCCGACCUGGCCGUCUGCCCCGAUGGCUUUUUUGGGUGCUUGUUCGAGUGUGGCACCACCAGCCCCUGCGAGGAGAUCACCUUCUGCCUCUUCACCCUGGUCACCCCCCAGGACGGCGAGGAGAACCUCAAGGCUUCCUAAAACACUUCCAUUAAUGACCCCCCCCUUUC